CCAUUAACCCUGACUGUCAAGAUCAGUCCGAGAUAAACACUCACAAAACUGCUUUUUGGAGUCACAGAGUUGAACUGAGACCGAGCUCUAUUUUACUCAAACCUGACUGCUCUUCUAGGCCAAGAACAACAAAUAACUUCUAAAAAACAAAGAGGAAUGCUCAGGAAGUGUUCAUAGACGAUUGGGAUCUUGUGGAUAGAUGAUGACUUUAAACCUGAGUGUGAAGGAGUAUGAGGAGACCAGUGUUCCACUGCUGGGUGAAGCAGACUGCACAGAGAGUCCUGGCAUUAAACACAGGAGGAAGUCCAGAGAAUUCUUCCUUGCACAGUGGAAAAACCUUGGCCUGAGUCUUGCUCUGCUCCUGAGCUGUUAUUCAGCAAUCCUUGUCCCUGCUUAUCUGCUUACUAAACAACCAACCUGGACUGAAAGCUCCACAGAAGAAUAUAUGGCGAUACUGACUCACUCAGCAGCUCUCCUAUCUCGGCCAUGUAUAAACGGUUCGGCUAAGGCAAAGCUGCAGAAUGUCAUGAAUCUCCACAGUCUGCUUCAGAUUCCCGUGUUCCUACAGAAUGGAACUGGACACUGGGAAAUGGCACCUCCACUUGGUCUUCUAGGCAGUGAGGGUACGUUGGCACAGGCACUUACAGUUCUGCCCCACUCUGGACUACCCUCUUUUCCAGACAGUUGCAGAAGAUGUAUGGUGGUUGGUAGUGGAGGAAUCUUACAUGGCAAACAUCUUGGAGCCCAUAUUGAUAAAUAUGACAUCAUUAUAAGAAUGAACGAUGCACCAGUGUUUGGAUAUGAGGAAGAUGCAGGCUCAAGAACCACAAUUCGACUGAUAUAUCCUGAAGCAGCGUCUUUUUUGGCACAAGAAUAUCAGAACACAGACAUAGUUGCUUUAGUUGUAUUUAAGAAACUGGAUUUAGAGUGGUUGACCUCUGUUGUAAUGAAAAAACCUUUGAGCUGGUGGUCUAAACUGUGGUUCUGGAGAGAUGUUGUAAAUGAUAUUCCACUUCAGCCAGGAAACUUUCGCAUCUUGAAUCCUGAAAUACUCAGCCGGACAUGGCAUGUGCUGCAAACCUAUGGAAAACAUGAAAGCAAUACGGUGCCUACGCUAGGCUUCACUGGCGUGGUUUUGGCACUACAGCUGUGUGAUGAAGUGAGCCUGGCAGGCUUUGGCUAUGACUUCAAAUAUCCUGGAUCAAUGCUCCAUUACUAUGGGACUGUGCGCAUGAAUCACAUGAUGGCACAAGUAGUGCAUGAUGUGAGCGCUGAACACAGUUUACUACAUGAUCUUGUCAAGUCUGGAGUUGUGUAUGAUGUCACAGGUGCAGUAUAAUUAACAGUGGGCCUCAUUUAUCAAAUAAUGAAUUUGCAUUUGGUAGCUGUUCUUGGGAGCAAAGACGAGUCGGUAAAAGUGAAGGAGGCCAUCAUUAGGUUUAAAAAUGAUACAGUAGUCAAAUCAACAAUCCGGUACAUUCUUAAAAAGAAGGAACACACUGAUAAACUCAGCAACAACAAGAGCACAGAAGAAUAGGAGCUACAGUGGAUGAUUAAAGUGGAAUUUUUACCUUGGUGAAGAAAAACCCCUUCACAACAUCUAGCCAAGCCAGGAACACACUUGAGGAGGUAGGCAUAUCAUUGUCCAAGUCUACAAUCAAAAUAUGUUUUCAUGAAGGUAAAUACAAAGGGUUUACCGCAAGAUGCAAACCACUUGUAACACUUAAGAACAGAAAGCAACAGGAAACGUAAAAAAAAAUGAUAAUAAAGCCUUCAGAUCAACAUGUAGCAUGUAGUGGGGAGUAUGUAGAGUAAGGAGAAGAUGGGAAGGGAAGGGCUCAUGAUCCAAAGCAUACCAUAUCGUCUGUCAUACAUGGUGGUGGCAGUGUUAUGGCAUGAGCAUAUAUGGCUGCCAAUAAAAACAGUAUUCUGAUAUAAAUAGCAGGAUGAAUUUUAAUGUGAAUAGAGCUAGCAUUUCUCCUCAAAUUUAGUCAAAUGCUGCAAAACUAAUAGGACAGCACAUUACAAUACAGAUGGAUAAUGAUCCAAAACAUACGGCAAAGGCAGCCCAAGAGCCUAUUAAGGCACAGAUGUGGAAUGUUUUUAAAUGGCCAAGUCAGUCACCUGACUUCAACCCAAUCGAGCAUGAUUUUCACUUACUGAAGACAAAACUGAAAGCAGAAAGACACACAAACAAGGAGCAACUGAAGACAGCUGCAGUGAAGGCCUGGCAAAGCAUCUCAAUAUUUUUUUUACCAAACCCCUUAAAUUAAAAUGGAAAAUCUACACUUCAGUCACAUCUUGAUUUCAUCUUGAUUUCAAAUCCAUUGUGGUGGUGUCACGGUCCAAAUGGACCGGACUGUAUAAAGAGACUCUAAUGUAAACCUCAUGUUCAGCUUCAAAUCGUGUAAUCGGCAAUGAAUUACUGCAAAUUUAUAUAUGCAUUACAUUGUCAAGUUUAAAUAGAGUAUAUAUUUCACUUGUACACAUGAAUUUAAUAAAAAUGUCAUAUUUAUUUUAUAUUAAUGACUUGAAAGAAAGUGACUCAAAAGAAGUCCAUAAAUAAGUCUAACUUGCUAUUCAGUUAGGUCGAAUAAAUGGCACUCUAUAAAAUGCGUUAAAGUUGGUCUGUGCCUGUGGGAACUAAAACACUGAAACAAUAGCUGAGCUGCAUUACUUGAUGACUUUGUGCACACCACACCUUAUGGAUUUUUCUUAAUUUAAUAAUUUUCAAAUAUUUUUUUUUUUUCUGUGAACUUUGUACUUUUUUGCCUUUGUUCUGUUGGUUUAAUUACAUUUAAUUAGCUUGUGCACAUGAAGUGAUUUGUGUGUGGUUCACAUUUUCAACAUCCUUAUGUGAAUACAAAGAAGAUAUGUAUUAAUGAAACUUUUGCAAAUCUGCCACAAUUUUCUUUUAUUUUGGUUUGGUCUAUGAAACCACUUACAUACAAUUAAAAUAAUAAAAAUAUAAAAUGAUUAAAACAGCAAUAAAUAAGGCACACUGUUU